AUGGUCUUGCUUGAGGCGCAAACUAACGUAAACAUCCAGGACAAUUGGGGCUGGACUCCAUUGCAUGAGGCAGCGGCAUACAAAAAUGGAAACCUUGAGAUCUUCCAGCAGCUGAUCAAUUAUGGGAGUGCAAUUUAUCUGCGUAGCCAUCUCGGACGUACGAUUUUACAUGAUGCAGUUUUGGCGGGCAAUAUUCAUCUUUUCAGAAUGUUAGUCAAGACGCAAGCGGAUGUGAAUGUUGGUGACUACCUGGGACAAACUCCAUUACACGAGGCGGCAGCAAUAGAUGAUCCCAACAUCCUCAAACAUCUUCUUAGUCUUGGCGCAUCUGUGGAAAAAGCUACCAAACAUGGAGUUACACCGCUGAUGGUGGCUUGCUGGCAUCUCCCACACUUUCAGGAAAAAUUGGAAAUCCUUCUCGCAGCCGAAGCAGAUCUCCAUGCGAUAGAUUGCGAGGAUCAAUCUGUACUGAUGUGGGCUAUGCAUGCUGGACCGCAACCGGAUAUUUUGCGUUUCUUACUCGACCAAGGUGCAGAUCCUCAAUUGGGCGUGUCGCCCUUGUCACGUGCUAUGUCUGGGAGUGCCGCAGCUAAGGCUCGGGCCUAUGAGGAGGACGACGACGAAGAGAAAAAAGAGUGGGCUUUUUGGCAGCAGGAAUGGGAGGCAUGUAUUCAGAUACUCAAAGACUUCGGUGCAGAAUAAAGUCUAGCGUGGAUGGGAUAUUGGAUCAAAGUCUUUCUUCUCAUUAUAUCUUCACUUUUUGCUUUCUUGCUGUUUCCUAUCUUCCUUCAUCUAGCCAUAAAUACGCGAAGCUAGUCAACUAUUAGCAUUCAUACUCGAG